GGGACAGAAGGGGACAUGCUGUGCGGGCUGAGCCGGGAGACCCCUGGAGAGGCCGACGAUGGGCCGUACUCCAAAGGUGGCAAGGACGCGGGAGGCCCUGAGGUGGCCCUGGCAUGCCGCAGACAGAGUAUCCCAGAGGAGUUCCGAGGGGUCAUCAUGGUGGAGCUGAUCAAGCGGGAGGGCAGCACCCUGGGCCUGACCAUCUCCGGAGGCACCGAUAAGGAUGGGAAGCCCAGGGUCUCCAACCUGAGGCCGGGGGGCCUCGCAGCCAGGAGCGACCUGCUGAACGUGGGGGACUACAUCCGGUCAGUGAACGGGAUCCACCUGACCAGGCUGCGGCACGACGAGAUCAUCACUCUGCUCAAAAACGUGGGCGAGCGCGUGGUGUUGGAGGUGGAGUAUGAGCUGCCCCCGCCCGCCCCCGAAAACAACCCCAAGAUCAUUUCCAAGACGGUGGACAUCUCACUCUACAAAGAGGGGAACAGCUUUGGCUUCGUCCUCAGAGGAGGUGCCCAUGAAGACGUGCACAAGUCCCGCCCGCUCGUCCUGACCUACGUGCGUCCUGGUGGCCCAGCUGACAGGGAAGGCUCCUUAAAGGUGGGCGACAGGUUGCUCAGUGUUGACGGGAUCCCCCUGCACGGGGCCAGCCAUGCCACCGCCCUGGCCACUUUGCGACAGUGCAGCCAGGAAGCUCUCUUCCAGGUGGAGUACGAUGUGGCCACUCCAGACACGGUGGCCAGUGCCCCGGGGCCCUUGGUGGUGGAAAUAGCCAAGACUCCGGGGUCCGCCCUGGGGAUCUCGCUGACCACCGGCUCCCACCGGAACAAGCCCGUCCUCACCAUCGACCGCAUCAAGCCAGCCAGCGUGGUGGACAGGAGCGGGGCCCUGCAUGCCGGAGACCACAUCCUGGCCAUCGACGGAACCAGCACGGAGCACUGUUCGCUGCAGGAGGCCACCAAGCUCCUGGCCAGUGUGUCCGAGAAGGUGCGGCUGGAGAUCCUGCCUGUGCCCCCCAGCCAGCGGCCUCUGAAGCCCUCGGAAGCAGUCAAGCUGCAGAGGAGCGAGCCACCCCACCGCUGGGACCCCUGUGUGUCCUCCUGUCACAGCCCGAGGCCUGGCCACUGCAGGACGCCCACCUGGGCCACAGCUGGCGGCCAGGACCGCAGCCGAUCCUCGUCCUCCACACCCUUUUCCUCACCUACCAUGAACCAUGCCUUUUCCUGCACCAACCCCAGCACCCUGCCCCGCGGAUCCCAGCCCAUGAGCCCCAGGACCACCAUGGGGCGGAGGAGGCAGCGGAGGAGGGAGCACAGGAGUUCGUUGUCCCUGGCUUCCAGCACGGUGGGGCCAGGUGGGCAGAUCGUACACACAGAGACCACGGAGGUCAUACUCUGCGGAGACCCCCUCAAUGGCUUCGGCCUGCAGCUCCAGGGUGGCUUCUUCGCCACUGAGACCCUGUCCUCUCCACCCUUGGUGCGCUUCAUUGAGCCCGACAGCCCGGCUGAGAGGUGUGGGCUGCUGCAGGUGGGGGACCGUGUCCUGUCCAUCAAUGGCAUCGCCACGGAAGACGGGACCAUGGAGGAGGCCAACCAGCUCCUGAGGGACGCGGCGCUCACCCACAAGGUGGUGCUGGAGGUGGAGUUCGACGUGGCCGAGUCGGUCAUCCCCAGCAGCGGCACCUUCCAUGUGAAGCUGCCCAAGCGGCGUGGCGUGGAGCUGGGCAUCACCAUUAGCUCGGCCAGCAGGAAGCGAGGGGAGCCGCUGAUCAUCUCGGACAUCAAGAAGGGCAGCGCCGCACACAGGACGGGCACCCUCGAGCCGGGCGACAAGCUGCUGGCCAUCGACAACAUCCGUCUGGACAACUGUCCCAUGGAGGACGCGGUGCAGAUCCUGCGACAGUGCGAGGACCUGGUGAAGCUGAAGAUCCGGAAAGACGAAGACAAUUCAGACGAGCAGGAGACCACGGGCGCCGUCAGCUACACGGUGGAGCUGAAGCGCUACGGGGGUCCCCUGGGCAUCACCAUCUCGGGCACAGAGGAGCCUUUUGACCCCAUUGUCAUCUCGGGCCUCACCAAGCGCGGGCUGGCGGAGAGGACUGGCGCCAUCCACGUGGGGGACCGCAUCCUGGCCAUCAACAGCGUCAGCCUCAAGGGCCGGCCCCUGAGCGAGGCCAUCCACCUCCUGCAGGUGGCUGGCGAGACUGUCACACUGAAGAUCAAGAAGCAGCUUGACCGUCCCCUCCUGCCCCACAAGCCGGGCAGCCUCAGCGAGGCCAGCGACGUGGACGAGGACCCACCGGACGCCAUCCAAGGAGGCCGACUCCCAGCCCGGUUCUCGCCCGCCGUGCCCAGCGUGGACAGUGCUGUCGAGUCCUGGGACAGCUCGGCCACGGAGGGUGGUGGCUUUGGGGGUCCAGGUCCCUACACCCCACAGGCGACGGUCCGGGGUGGCGUGACCCCCCAGGAGUGGAGGUCCAGCCGGCUCAGGGGCAGCCCGCCACCCGUCGAGCCCCGGAGGACCAGCUUCACCCCGGGCCUUGCCGACGAGAGCUUUCCUGAGGACGAGGACUGGGAGCCACCAACGAGCCCAGGCCCCCGCGCCCCCCGCGAGGAGGGCUUCUGGCGGGUGCUCGGGGAAGCCCUCGAAGACCUGGAGUCGUGCGGCCAGUCGGAGAUGCUGCGGGAGCUGGAGGUAUGGGCCACCGGGACCUGGGCACAUUGGGGUGCAUGUGCUGGGAGGGGACACAUCCCCAGCCCUUUAUUAAACAUUUUUAUUUUAUUUUUUAAAUUUGAAGACAGUCUCACUAAGUUAUUUAGGGCUUUUGCUAAAUUGUUGAGGCUGGCCUCCCACUUGAGAUCCUCCGGUCCUGUCGCCUGGAUGUGCCCUGUGCAGGUCAACCACGUCCGCACGCGGGACUUCGACUGCUGCCUGGCGGUGCCACUCCUGGCCGAGGCGGGUGACGUCCUGGAGUUGGUCAUCAGCCGCAACCCCCUGGCGCAGAGCAAGAGGACAUCGCGAGCGCCAGGCCCCGGCAGUCCCCAGAUGCUCUGAAGGUGGCCCUCGAUCCAGACACCCCAGGGGCCAACGGCGGGGGACCCGUGGGCACCUGCUUGGCCGACGGGGACGGGACCUGGUCUCUGUCCCCAAGUUCCGUGUCAACAGGGGGCACCAGGCAGCGAGGUCCCCGUCCUCGGUUCACAGUGACAUCUGCGUGUUUGCCAAGUUGGUCACCAAGAUGCCCCAGAGGAGCCGCAGAGGGGUGGGGACAGGAGGAGAGGGGCUGGGGCUUCCCAGGUCCCCGUGGGCCUCCGUGGGGACAGGUGACAGGGACGGGCUACCAGGGGCGCUGAGCUUGCCGUCACAGGAGGUGAGCAGGGACCGUCCCCCAGGACCUGUCCCCUGGACUCAGGUGCUUACACUCCCUGGCAGAGGGCCCAUGUCACCCAGGGACCGGGCCACCAAGGAGGAUGUGUUCAGGGUGGGAUUCCCGCAGCACCUCCGCUUUGGGGACACCGAGCUGGGGCACGUGGGACCCCGGGAAGCCGGCCCUGAGCCUUUGACGGGGGCCUGUGGGUCUGGGGACCCUGGGGCGGGCACCAUCGGGCUCUGGGUGACCACGACCCAUCUCCGUCCCCGAGUUAGUCCAGGCCCCUUUGAGUGGCGAUGCCAUGUCCCCGGGAUCGGUUCCUGUUGGACAGUCUCUGAGGGGACACAGGACCCUCUCCACCUGCCCACCGUCCCCUCCACUUCCCGGCGUCCUGCUCCCCGAUGGUCCCGUCCCCGAGGGUCCUUCCUGCCUCUGGCUGGGGCCACCCAAGCGUCUCUGCCAUCUUGGAUUCCCGGGUCCACGUCCACCCCAGGGUGAAAGGACUCUGCCCACCCGUCAUCAGGGGCACCAUGCGAAGGCCCAGAGACCCCGGCUUCGAGGGGUGGGAGACGGCACCGCCAGAGAGACGUGUCUCUCGGGGCCAUCAGCGGGUCCUGCUGUGCAGCCUUGGAUGGGUGGCCCACCCUCUCUGGGCCUUUGUGAAGAAACAGGGCUGUCACGGACACACACUCAGGGCUUCUGGGCUUGGGCUUGCCCCUUCGACUCCAGGCCUCCAGGCCAGGGAGGACACAUCCACUCGGACCCGCACCCCCCUGUCCCUUCCUCGGGCUGUGGCCUCCGCCAUUUACCCCCCCCAUAUGCAAUGCGGCCGGGCGGCGUGGCUCUGUGGCCGGUGGGACCUUGUCGUAUGCAAUCCUCCCCGUGGCUUCUCGUGGGGACGCCCCCCAGCACCCCUCCCCGGUGACCGCCCUGCCUGCAGACGCCUCUUGGGAACGGCCCCUGUGACAUGUC